CACAAAAACAACAUACCAAACAAAACCCAAAUUACGUUUUUAUAUAUAACUCGCCGCAAUACAAUAUUCAUACCAAGUUUGUGUUGUGUUUGGUUUUAUUUUAUUUUAUUUAUUUAAAUUUAAAUAAAGUAAGAAAUAAGAAGAAGAAGAAGAAGAAAAUAUGGAGGGAGAAAAUAAUAGUAGUAGUGGUAAUAGUAAAGAGAAGAAGAAGGAGGAAGAGAUGGUAUUAAACGACGUCGUAAAAGUGGAAAAGGUGUCGUUUUUGAAGCUAUUUACAUUCGCAGAUAGUUUGGAUAUGGUUUUGAUGGUUGUGGGCUCAAUUUGUGCGGUGGCUAAUGGGCUUUCUCAGCCCAUUAUGACUUUGAUUUUUGGUCAACUUAUUAAUUCUUUUGGUUCUUCUGAUCAAUCUCAUGUUCUUCAUGCUGUUUCUCAGGUUUCUUUGAAAUUUGUUUACUUGGCAAUUGGAACUGGCAUUGCUUCCUUUCUUCAGGUUUCAUGUUGGAUGGUAACUGGAGAAAGACAAGCCACUAGAAUUAGAGGUUUGUACUUAAAGACAAUACUAAGACAAGACAUUGCCUUUUUUGAUACCGAAACUAACACCGGAGAAGUCAUCGGUAGAAUGUCCGGGGACACAAUUCUCAUCCAAGAGGCCAUGGGCGAAAAGGUAGGGAAGUUUAUACAACUGACUUCGACCUUCUUUGGCGGUUUUGUUAUUGCUUUUAUCAAAGGAUGGCUUCUUACCCUUGUAUUGCUAGCUUGUAUUCCGGUCAUUGUCAUAGCCGGCGGUGUCAUGGCUUCAACCAUGUCGAAAAUGGCUAGCCGAGGACAGAUUGCUUAUGCAGAAGCUGGCAAUGUUGUUGAACAAACUGUUGGAUCUAUUAGAACGGUUGCAUCUUUCACUGGAGAGAAGAAAGCCAUUGAAAAAUACAACAAGAAGAUUGAGAUUGCAUAUAAAAUGAUGGCUCAUCAAGGUUUGGCUUCAGGGAUAGGACUUGGUGUAGUUUUGUUGAUUGUGUUUGGGACUUAUGGACUUGCUGUAUGGUAUGGAUCAAAGUUAAUCAUUGAAAAAGGGUACAAUGGUGGACAAGUUAUAAAUGUCAUCUUUGCAAUUAUGACUGGUGGAAUGUCUUUGGGACAGACAUCUCCAAGUUUGAAUGCUUUUGCAUCAGGACAAGCUGCAGCCUACAAAAUGUUUGAAACAAUCAAAAGAAAACCGAAAAUCGAUGCAUAUGACAGUGUUGGGACAGUAUUAGAAGACAUAAGAGGUGAAAUUGAGCUUAAAGAUGUUUACUUUAAGUACCCUGCAAGACCAGAUGUUCAAAUCUUUUCGGGUUUCUCUUUACAUGUUUCGAGUGGGACAACGGCGGCUUUAGUUGGACAAAGCGGGAGUGGGAAAUCGACGGUGAUAAGUUUGUUGGAAAGAUUUUAUGAUCCUGAUUCAGGACAAGUGCUUAUAGAUGGUGUUGAUUUGAAGAAUUUGCAGCUUAAAUGGAUAAGGGAAAAGAUUGGUUUGGUUAGUCAAGAACCUGUUUUGUUUGCAGCCACUUUAAGAGAAAAUAUUGCUUAUGGGAAAGAUAAUGCAACUGAUGAGGAGAUUAAAACAGCCAUUGAACUUGCUAAUGCUGCUAAAUUCAUCAACAAGCUUCCUCAGGGUUUGGAUACAUUGGCAGGAGAGCAUGGAACACAGCUCUCAGGUGGACAAAAGCAAAGAAUAGCAAUUGCAAGAGCCAUUUUAAAGAAUCCAAGAAUUCUUCUCCUUGAUGAAGCAACAAGCGCGCUUGAUACUGAAUCAGAAAGGAUUGUUCAAGAGGCAUUGGAAAGAGUUAUGCAAAACCGAACAACUGUUGUCGUUGCUCAUCGUUUGACAACCAUAAGAAAUGCUGAUUUGAUUGCAGUUGUACACCAAGGAAAGAUUGUUGAAAGAGGUACUCAUGAUGAGUUGAUAACUGAUCCCGAAGGAGCUUACUCGCAGCUUGUUCGCCUUCAACAAGGAGCUAAUGAAGCAGCAGAAGAUGUUUAUGGUUGCGACGACAAGAAUGCCAUUGAAAAAUCCAUGACAAAAUCGAGCAGCAUUAGAUUAUCGCUUAGAAGAUCAAUUAGUAGAGGCUCUUCAUCAAGUAGUCGCCGCUCUUUUGCUCUAGGCUUCGGUCUUCCUGGCCAGAUUAGCAUUCAUGAGACCGAAGAAAGAGCCGAUGAAGAGAAGAACACAUCAACAAGUGAUCAAAAAGUUCCUCUAAGUAGGCUUUUCGAGCUUAACAAGCCUGAGAUACCAGUGUUGAUUCUUGGCUCAAUUGCUGCAGCAAUUCAUGGUGUUGUUUUCCCAACAUUUGGUCUUUUACUUUCGAGUUCUAUUAACAUGUUCUACGAAUCGCCAACCAAGCUGCGAAAAGACUCAAGAUUUUGGGCUCUGAUCUAUUUGGUAUUGGCUAUAGUUGUUUUUCUAGCAGUUCCAUUUCAGAAUUUUCUUUUCUCAAUUGCUGGUGGAAGACUAAUCCAACGAAUUCGCUCCCUAACUUUCGCUAAAGUUGUUCACCAAGAAAUCAGUUGGUUUGAUGACCCUGCAAAUUCAAGUGGCGCGAUUGGUGCAAGAUUGUCAACUGAUGCUUCGACGGUUAAGGCCCUUGUUGGCGAUGCAUUGGCGCUAGUUGUUCAAAACAUAGCGACAAUCAUCGCGGGGUUAGUGAUAGCAUUCACAGCAAAUUGGAUGUUGGCUUUGAUCAUUUUAGCAGUGUCACCAAUUAUGAUCCUCCAAGGAACUUUACAGACAAAAUUCAUCAAAGGGUUUAGUGCUGAUGCAAAGGUUAUGUAUGAAGAAGCUAGUCAAGUGGCGAACGAUGCUGUGGGCGGGAUAAGAACCGUUGCCUCGUUUUGUGCUGAGGAAAAAGUUAUGGAAAUGUACCAAAGAAAAUGUGAAGGCCCUAUGGCUCAUGGAGUCAGAUUAGGACUAGUCAGUGGUGGUGGCUUUGGAUUUUCUUUCUUUGCUAUGUAUUGUAUGAAUGCUUUUUGUUUCUACAUUGGUGCUGUUCUUGUUAAACAUGGUAAAGCUGAGUUUGGAGAGGUUUUCAAGGUUUUCUUUGCUUUAACAAUCUCAGCAAUGGGGGUGUCACAAAGUAGUGCCUUGGCUCCUGAUUCAACCAAAGCAAGAGAUUCAACAGCAUCGAUUUUCAAAAUUCUCGACAGCAAACCUAGCAUCGAUUCGAGUAGCGAUGAAGGUGUUACUUUGCCAACCAUAACAGGAGAUAUUGAGCUUCAUCAUGUUAGCUUUAGAUAUUCAACAAGGCCUAAUGUUGAAAUCUUUAGAGACUUGUCUUUAACCAUCCCAUCUGGAAAGACCGUCGCUUUAGUAGGAGAAAGUGGUAGUGGAAAAUCAACAGUUAUAAGCUUAAUAGAGAGAUUUUAUGACCCUCUUUCGGGUCAAGUAACACUAGAUGGUGUUGACAUCAAAAAAUUCAAGCUAAGUUGGUUAAGACAACAAAUGGGGUUAGUAAGUCAAGAACCAAUUCUUUUCAACGAAACGAUUCGAGACAACAUCACCUAUGGAAAACAUGGAGAAGUAACCGAAGAAGAGAUCAUUUCAGCCACGAAAUCAGCUAAUGCUCAUAACUUCAUAGCAUCACUCCCUAAUGGAUAUGACACUUCAGUUGGUGAAAGAGGAACACAAUUAUCAGGAGGACAAAAACAAAGGAUUGCUAUAGCAAGAGCAAUACUAAAAAACCCGAAAAUUCUCUUGCUUGAUGAAGCAACAAGUGCAUUGGAUGCUGAGUCUGAAAGAGUAGUUCAAGAUGCAUUGGAUAGAGUCAUGUUGAAUAGAACUACUGUUGUUGUUGCUCAUAGGCUUACAACCAUUAAAAACGCCGAUAUCAUCGCUGUGGUGAAGAACGGUGUGAUCGCUGAGAAGGGUCGCCAUGAAUCCUUGAUUAAGAUCCAUGAAGGUGCCUAUGCAUCUUUGGUAGCUCUUCAUAUGACUUCUACAAGAUGAUAGUAUAUUUAAUAUUUUGUGUUUUAGUUUGGAAAUCUUUACUAACCCAGCCAAAGAUUAUGGGGGUACAAGUACAGUGUUUUUCUUUUACUUAGUUUGUGUAGCAAAGACAGAUCAAAAUUCUAACAAAAGUGUUUUAAGAGUAGUUGUUAUUUGAUUCCUUUUUUUCUUAAUGAACUUAUUAUUAAAAUAAA